AAGUAAACAUUUGUCAUUAACCACGGUCAAAACAACACAUUUCCGUAAUAAAUAUAAAAAGUGAAAUUGAUUAAAUCUACAUUGACCUACAUAUUGCCAAUCCAACAAAUCAUACCAAACCCUAGGCUUAGCUUAAUAUCACGCAGUAUAAAGACAACCGCGUAUAAAGCAAUAUGGGGAGUACGGGGCAAGCGACCAUGACCGGAUUCAUAUGUCGAUUGUGUUCUAAGCAAAGAAAAAUCGUAAUACAUCUUUACACAUCCAGAGCAAAGAAACUGGACCUUAUCAACAAAAUUAAAUUAUUACCUAUUUCGUUGCAAUUGCAUGACAACCUGCCCAAAACAAUCUGUGAGCCUUGCAUAGAGAAACUGGAAAUGCAAUACAGACUAGUGAAAAAAAUUAGAGAAAGUAACAAACUGUAUCAAGUUCACCGAAUUUACCAUGGUGACGCUCGCUCUUGCGAUCCUUGUUGCCCUCUUCACGAAAGACAUUUUGAGCCAGAGGAUGACGAAAAUGACUGACAGAAGAGUAACUGAUAGUUGCUUUUCUUUUGUAAAUAUUUUGUAUUAAUGUCUCCUUCGUUUUUCUUUCUGUAUACUGUGAUUAUUUGAGUGUGUAAGUUUUGUUUGUAAAAACAGAAUUUUUCCUGUUAAUGUAUCCCUAAAAAUGUGUAAUUUCACAUUUAUUUUUAAACUAUUUGUAUCAUUGAUACCUUAAAGUCUUAAGUAAAGUAAUUUUUAAAUUUAA